UGCGAAGUGGGCGUGUCCCCGCUCGGUGGGCGUGGCCUCGGUCGCGCUCCGGUCGCCCGUGGAGACCCCGGGAGCGGCGCUCGGAUCAUUACACUGAUAAAAUCAAGGCAAGCUGGACAGGGAGCAAGUCUGCCUAUGUAGGGUGCAGUGGACACCUCUGUGCAACAGCAGCUCAGGGUGCUGAGUAACAACCCCCUGUCUUUUCCAAGCAGAACUUUCCUGCUGCACUGAAAAUGUCUGGCAAAGGAGCCACCACGACCAACAACAUUGCCCAGGCACGCAGGACUGUGCAGCAGCUCAGGAUAGAAGCUUCCAUUGAGAGGAUAAAGGUGUCCAAAGCCUCAGCAGACCUGAUGCUGUACUGUGAGGAGCAUGCCAAGAAGGACCCCCUGCUGAUGGGAAUCCCAGCUUCUGAGAACCCCUUCAAGGACAAGAAAACCUGCAUUUUGUUAUAGGGCAGGGGCAGCUCCUCCUGCCCAGCCCCUGCCAGCCCCUGGGCAGGGCCAAGCACCACCACUGCCCCAGGUACCUGCACCCCAUGGCUGCUCUGACCAUUCCCUCAGCUUCCCUCAGCAUUCCCUGAGAUCCCUGCUGAUCCCUGGCUCUCUUAGGAAUUUUUCUGACUCAGUCCCUCUCUCUCCUGGCCAAGGGAAUGGGCUCCAGGGUCUCUGCAUGGGGGGUCCUGGUGGCAUUUGCCAACUCCAACACGACCAAAGUUGCCUGAGCUUUGCAGGUAGAGACCUGAUGGAAUCACUGGGUUUACAUUUUUUUAAAAUUAUGGAUUUUUUUUUUGGGUGUGGGGGGGUUGUGCCUGUGCUGGCAGCAGCAGGCACACUUAAAGUGCAUUUUUUUUAGCAAAAAACUACCUUGUAAAAUGAUUGUAGCAGCUGCUGGGGAGCUCCAGGGAGCUGUGCCUCAGCCUUCCUCCCUCUGGCCUCUCUUCCCAGGGCUUUUAAAAGAUAGAGUUGGAAAUCAGAGAUGCUUUCCCAGAGUUGAAAAAGCAGAAUUUCCAGCUUGGAUUCUGCUGCAUUUUCUUCUCCAGUAAAAAAAAAAACCUGUGUUAGUAUAAAACACACCCUUGAAGAAAUGGGAAAAGGAAAAAAAAAGAAAUGGAAAAAAAAAAAAAAAAAAUGGGAGGCUGGAAGGGCCCUGGCAGAGCUGGAGGAAUGCUGCCCUCACUCCCAAUCCCAGCUGGGUUCUGUGCAGGGAAUCAGAACUUGACUCCUUUUUAUAAAAAAAAAAAAAUCAUUUUUAAACAGGAAAAAUGCCAAAUUAUCUCCACCUUGUGGUAAUGCAUUUAUAAUUGGAGGGCCUUUCCAUCCAGUAUAUAUUUUAUAUAUACACAUAAUAAAAAAGUCUUUCUCUGUGUGUGUGUGUGUAGAUAUAUAAACUUUAUAUAUUAACAGCAGAUUUUGGAGGGUUCAGAAAUAGUCCUGACUUCAGCUGGCUGCAAAUCUGCCAAAACCUGCAUUUCUGGGAGGAUAUUUGCAGAAUUUAUGAACCACUUGCCUUUUACAUUGCAUAUUUGUCAUUUCUCUAUGAAAUUAUAAACCCACUUUUGAUACAGAUUAAAAAAAAAAAAAAAUCAAGUUUGUUAAACAAAUCUCUUCAGCAGAGCUCCAAAAAUCAGCCUGACAGAGAAACCUGCUGCUUGUCCUGUGCUUGCCUGCAAAUUAUUUUUGUAAUCAGAGUAUUUUUCUAGUGGCAGUCAAAAAAAAAAACAAAAAACAACAAGGUGGCUCUGCACUAAAUCUUU